AUGCGUGGGGAUGCUUCUUCAAGGCUCCCUCUUGGUACGAACAACGUUAUCUUUGCUGCCCUAGGGAGGACUGGAUCUUGCCCUUCCAGGGUACUGUCGGUGUAUCGGCCUCCGGUCGAGGAUCAUGGCCAAGUGUCGAAGAGAGGCAGGGUGGACAUCCCUUUGAUUCUGGGCUUUUCGGAUGAGGACAAGAUUGGGACCAUACAGCCCCAUGAUGAUGCUCUGGUGGUCACGCUAAGGAUUGGUGGGUACGAUGUCAAAAAGGUGAUGGUAGAUCAGGGUAGCGCUAUGGAUAUAAUGUACUCAGAUUUGCAUAAAGGGCUAGGUCUGAAGCCAGAGGACUUAACAGCUUACAGCUCCCCUCUAGUGAGUUUUGAGGGAAGGAUGGUCGCUCUGACAGGAUUGAUCAGGCUACUAGUGCAAGCCGGAAUGGAUGUGGUGGAGGUGGACUUUAUUGUCGUAGACGUUUUUUCUCCAUACACGGCUAUUAUAGGCAGACCUUGGCUUCAUACCUUGGGAGCGGUCUCAUCUACUCUGCAUCAGAAGGUGAAGUACCCAUCAGAAGGUGAAGUACCCAUCUGA